AUGUUUAAUUUACCUUCUGUGUUGACUUUCAGUGCGAAUGGAGAUAGACUUGUUGGAACCUACUAUUCCUCAAUCAGAAAACAAAUAGAGUGUAAGAGUUUAAUCACCGAUGAUAGUCUUGAUAAGAUUGGUGGUGACGAUGCUGACUGCAAUUUACUUUCAGAUGGUACCUUUGAAAUUGUACUUGGUGCCUUUGCAACAGUGACCACUGGAGAUGUUAUUUCGUUUUAUCAGGAUCCAUCUAAAGGUGACUCUUCUCCAACUGUGGACGUUCCUGUUGCUUCAGGUUCAUUUAUUCCAGCACAACCUACAGCCAUUCUCUUUGUUGACAAGAAUGUUGUGUCGUCAUGUGAUCGAGUAGUAUUGGAUGCUUCAGCCUCGGCCACAUUGGACGGUAGAAAAUUGCAAUAUUCUUGGUCUGCGUCAACAGCUCCCUCGAGCGAUAUGCUUUAUUUCCUCAAUGAACGUUUUUCUCAAUGGAAAUACUCGAUUAUGACCUUUGAUGCUUCACUUCUUGAAACAGGCACCUAUACAGUAGAAGUAACAGUUCAAAGUUCAUUCAAUACAUUCUCCAAACAAUCUAUUUCGUUUGAUGUCAUUGGAAAUGCUGUGCCAACAAUUUCUCUGAAAGAAGGAUUGAGUCCAACAGUCAAUAUUGGUUCUCUCGAGUUAAUCAAUGCUCACAUUCGAUUCCCACUGUGCCACAAUGGCAAUCCAAGAUUAACCAGAUGGAAUUACACCAUGGAUGAGACCAAAUCUUCAGCUGCCAAUGUUGACAUCAAAUUCAGAGAUGGAAUUUUAGUAUUUGGACCAAGUUAUACCGUACUUCCAAUUGAGGGAGAUUAUUAUUUUUCUGUGACAGCUCAAGCAGAUAGAGCUCAACCUGCUGACAUCACUGCUGUUGAUCCUUCGAAAGAUUUAGUUCUUCUAUCCAGGUUCAUUGAUCGUGUCUCACGGCCUACUUAUUUGUGGGAAAGUGAUGAUUUGUCAUUGGAUGAUAUCGAGUGCACUCUGAGCUAUUUGAAACUUCCAAAAACUCUCUUAACAGGUACUUUCACCAUUCGAUUGACUGUGACCGAUGGUACAACACGAACAGGUAGUACUUCCCUAACCUUCACUUUGAAUCAACCACCCUCAAAGGGAGUGUUUGAAAUUAGUCCCAACAGUGGUGUAGCUCUCAAAACCCUUUUCAACAUUGGUUGUUCUAAUGGCUUUAGUGACCCUCACUUACCUCUCACCUAUCAAUUCUUUUAUUAUGAUCAGUGGAUUGGAGAUUGGAAGCAACUCAAUGAUCGCUCGGAGAGAAAAUCCAUUACAUCCCCAUUACCUGUGGGUAGUGGAAGUGGAAAUACGUUGAGGAUUAAGGCCGUUGUUUAUGAUUCGAAAUUAGCAUCAACAUCGGUAGAAACGAGUGUUGUGGUAACAGCUCCCUCAGCUGAAGAAGCUCGAUCCAUUCUUCUCAAUACCACCACCCAAGGAACCAUCUCGCAAUCAACUGCCACUGCUGCUUUGGAUCUUCUCAAGACGAUUCAAACCAAUGAUUCGAACAUUAUUCGACAAACGAAAGAUGUUGGAUCUCAAUAUAUCAAUGCUUAUUUUGAAAAUGUAGAAGAACAGGUGGCUAUUUCUGGAGAAACGAGUGACAGUGCCUCAGCUAAAAUAGAUAUUAUUAACACAGCAAGUGGUAGUUCAGCUUACCUUCACGACUCGACUUCCUCGACUUUGAUUUCCAAACUUUUGAACACUACAUCACUAAUUUCAUCCUCUGGAACCAUCAAUACUGAAUCAAGCACUUUGGAUAUUGCCAAACAAGCCGCAGAUUCACUCUUUACUCGUGUAAAUCAAGCUGGAAUGACAACAAGAAAAGCAAACGCUUUCAGCAAAACCGACAUUGACAAUUUGAAACAAAUCUACCACUCAUUGUUAAUAUCAUAUACCAAAAACUUAGCUCCUGAUAUGCCUGCAACUAGAUUAGCUGCUCAGGGAAUACUCGGCUAUAAUCGCAAGCUCAAUGCAGCAACACUGAAUGGUUUGGCUGAAAUUGUUGAUGGAAAGCACAAGUAUAUUAUCUGUAAAAAAGAGUAG